CCUUGUCUUUGACCAGAGACCAACGCGCAGACGGCGGACGAUGACAGCAUCCACUGCUGUUAUUAAGCCUAAACUCAAUGAAUUGUUGUCAAAGAAAGCACUGAUCAUGCCAGCUGCUUUUGCAGGGCAAAAAUAGUGAUCAGUGUUAGAAUACUGCAUUUUUCUUAUGAGAUUAUUUUUCAUAGACUUUUAUUUGUAGCUACAUAUUUUUCAACCAUGGUGCUAGGAAAGGUAAAGAGCUUCAUCAUAAGCUACGACUGUCACAAUGAAAGCAAUGUCCCCGUUUUUGCAAGCGGGGACUCCGUCUCAGGGAGGGUCAUCAUCGAAGUCACCGGAGAAAUUCGGGUGAAAUCUCUUCAAAUUUACGCAAAAGGAUUUGCAAAAGUUCGUUGGACUGAAUCGCGAAAUGCGGGAUCCAACACUGCCUACACGCAAAAUUACACAGAAGAAGUGGAAUAUCUAAACCACACAGACAUCCUAAUUGGACAUGAAAGAGAUGAUGACAAUUGCGAAGAAGGCCUCACCACUAUCCAUUCAGGAAGACACGAGUAUGCAUUCAGUCUUGAGCUUCCACAGACACCUUUGGCUACCUCGUUUGAAGGGAAACACGGCAGUGUGCGUUACUGGGUAAAGGCUGAGCUACACAGGCCAUGGCUUCUGCCCAUGAAGACCAAGAAAGAGUUCACGGUCUUCGAACACAUCGACAUCAACACUCCCUUGCUCCUGUCGCCCCUGGCAGGCACGAAAGAGAAGACUUUAUGCUGCUGGUUCUGCACCUCAGGCCCAAUCUCCUUAAGUGCCAAAAUAGAACGGAAGGGAUAUACCCCAGGAGAGUCAAUUCAGAUCUUUGCAGAGAUCGAGAACUGCUCCUCGCGCAUGGUCGUGCCAAAGGCAGCCAUUUACCAAACCCAGACCUUCUACGCCAAAGGGAAAAUGAAGGAGGUCAAACAGUUGGUUGCCAACCUCCGAGGGGAGUCGCUGUCCUCGGGCAAGACUGAGACAUGGAGUGGCAAAAUGCUGAAGAUCCCUCCCGUCUCUCCUUCUAUCUUGGAUUGCAGCAUAAUCCGAGUGGAGUAUUCUCUCAUGGUGUACGUGGACAUCCCCGGGGCCAUGAACCUGUCUCUGAACCUGCCGCUGGUCAUCGGCACCAUCCCGCUGCACACCUUCGGCAGCCGCACCUCCAGUGUCAGCAGCCAGUGUAGCAUGACCAUGAGUUGGCUGGGCAUGGCCCUGCCGGAGCGCCCCGAAGCACCGCCCAGCUACGCGGAGAUCGUGACCGAGGAGCAGAGGCAGCGCCUGGAGGUGACGACGGCCAGGGAUGAGUUGGAGGGACCACUGUUUGCCUAUAUCCAGGAGUUCCGAUUCCAGCCGCCCCCACUCUACUCCGAGGUUGAUCCUAAUCCUGAUCAAGCCAGCCGGACAGAGGAACAGAGAUCUGACACCUGUCCAUCGCGCUGAAGGAAACUCUGAACCCGCCCAGAGAUGUUUUGGGCGUUUCAAAUCGGCGCUGUUUUUGUUUAUUUCUCCCCCCCCCCAUCCGGCGACAGCUUUUGCACUCCGCCGUCGAAGUCGAGAGAAAACAAACAACCCAACAAGGGCAAGUGCCCCCGGUGAACGUAGCCCUGUCCACUCCUAGAGAGAGGCCUGGGAAGUCAGCACGGGAAAUGCUUCUUGGCAGCCUGCCUGCCUUGCCGAGGGACGGCUGUACGAACACACCCCUGACCUGUGAGAACAGAAAACCCCCGUAACAAAGACGCCCCUGGUGGAGAGAGUGAAAACUCGCCAGGGCCUCGUCUGCCUACAGCUCUUAACCACCUGCUUUCUUCUGCAAUUCCGGCACAUGUGGACACGGCUCUCCCAUGGAGCAGAACGAAUCAUGUCGAGACCCGAGCAGAUAAAAAGAAAACGGGAAGAGAACACAACAUGACCACCACUGUAUGAUGAGCUCAGCAGCAGUAAACGACUGAGUGAAGUCUGGCCUCCUCCAAUAGAUCUGGAGCUGGCUUUAUAUCCAGGCCUCCUUUGGUCUCAUUUGGGAUUUUUGCACGUUAUUCUUUGCUUGAGUUGUGUGGCUCUGUUUAAAGAAGAAAAAAAACAGUUACACUUUCUUUUUUCUUUUUAAGUGUAGUAAUAUGAUGGACUAAUGAGACUGCAGGCUUAUCUCCUAGACUCCUUGUCCACACAACUUUGAACAACGCAGAGAACUUAGAGACUGAAAAGGACAAACAAUGCACUGACCUUGUUUUAGCUUUUGUUAAUGUAAUUAUUUUUCUAAUUACAUUUCCUUGUUGUGUAGACUGGACCUGAAAGAAGCCGCACUCUCUUUUUCCUUAGUUUGGAUUUAAGUGUCGCUUACUUUUUCCUGGUUCUCUUUGAUAUGUUAAGUCUUUUGAUUUAGUUCCAUACAUAGAAUGCCUUCAAGCCAAUCAUUGUUUGCUUUGUGUUUAUGUUGCGCUUCGUUCUGGAGAAGGGGAGCCGCAGGCCAGUGUCUGUAAGAGUGACACAUUCAAAUUCCCACAUUGAAUGUCUGCAGUUCCUCAACUCCCAGUACAGAGCAACACAAGCUUACAUACUGCCUAAAAAAGCACUGUCUCAGGUGAUCUUCUCACUUGCCAAACGGUUGAAAAAAAAAAGUAAAAAAAAAAAAAAAGUAAUGUUUUGUUUUAAUUGCACUGUUUGAUAUAGUAAAAGGAGGAUUUAUUUUCUUAAAAAAAAGGAUAUUACCAAAACAAGAGAGAAGACAAAUACACAGAGCAGCAAGGCAGCUUUUGAAAACGAACGACAUUCCCUUUUUGUCCUUGCUGAAGUUGCCGACUUCAUUCACCAACUGCUUUAUUUUCCAGACCAGUGAAGCCUGAAAUGUUAGAAUCAUACAUGAAAAAAAGAGACUACAUGGUAUGAUCUGCUUCUAAGAAUAGGGUCGAUGGAAAACCUGCCUUGAAUUGUUGGAAGUUGCUAAAGCUCCAAUCAAACUGGCCAGAACAAGUAGUGUUUGGUUGAAAUGAGCAAUACAUUGGUUUUAAAACUCAUUCAACACCUAUACCAGCAAGAGCGGAGAUUUUGCAUCUUGAACAUGAGUCACUUUUUGACCAUAAAAAAUAAAAUGGGAGGAAAAAAUAGCAUUAAUGGUGUAGGUCUGGAAAAAGUCUGGUAAUCACAUUUUGUGAUGUAGUCAAGCAAUGUUGUUGGACAUUAAUGUAUAAUUUAAUCUUCUACGAUUUUUAAAUCUUUUUUUUUUUUCUGGAAAGUUUACGGAUCCAAUUAGUUGAUACAUUAGUGUGUGUGUUUGUACUCUUAAGAUCUGUCUAGCAACUAUAAGAAUGCUCCUUGCAGGGACCGACAAACUACAAUUUAAAGUGAUCUUAUCUCAGUGGCCUUGACACAGAACUAACCUAAUUACCGAGUGUCCAAAUCAUUUACAACCUUGCUCUUUCUGCUCCAUUUCGUUUGUAUGUCUGUAUGUAUCAUUGGUCCAUUAAUGCUUUUCAAAGGGACAAAAAGGGAAGAAAGAAAAAAAAGUUAUUUAAAGUGUAAAAAGAAAGAGUUGCCGAUCCCUGUUACAAGCCUAUUUGACUGUGCGUUUAGUAAAGACUGGGCUAGUUUAUGUACUUGGGCAUUGAUAGUUUCUUAUCCAGUCAGAAAACCCUGUUUAGUUAAGUUCAUCUCUCAGCUUCAGGAAACAGCUGUGGAUCAGCAACCCCCUCUCCCCGACUGAGAACGAAUUAACUGAGUUGAGUAGACUGAGAGAUCCCUCUUCUCACUAACAUUUUUGUUUGUUUGUUUUUUUUAUCUUGGGGAAUCUGUAUCAAGCUAAAAGAGAAAUGAAAUAAGCUUAUUUGUUUCAGGUUGGUCGAAUCUACAGUCCAUUGUUUGGGCCCUAGUGUACUCCUGUGUUAAGCUAAAUUCCUGACUUACUGAAGUGAGGGAUCAAAAUGUUAAAAAUGGGAGAGUUGAUCGAAAGAUGUUUUAGAAUUUAAGUGCAAUAUUACUCAUUUGAAUUUGUAUUAUUCACUAUUUGUAUGUCUAGUUUCUCUUUACAGUUUUGAUCAUGAUCAUCCUAUAGAUUUUAUCAAUGAUCUGGUUCUUUUGAGUUUAAUAAACUUUUGUUCAAAUAUAUGUAA